GCGCAUGAGCAGAUAAGCUCGCGAGGGCGGAAGUGAGCAGCGGCUGCGCGGAGGUUGGGGCCGCCGCGCUUGCUGUGGGGUGGGCAAGCUGCAGAAAUGACGCCCCCCGGGAGUCGCGUGGUUCCAGUGGCAGUGUUGCUGCUUUUGCUUUGGGGGGCUCCCUGGACCCACGGGCGGCGGAGCGACGUGCGCAUCAUCACGGACGAGAACUGGAAAGAGUUGCUGGAAGGAGAGUGGAUGAUAGAAUUUUAUGCUCCAUGGUGUCCUGCUUGUCAGAAUCUUCAACCAGAAUGGGAAAGUUUUGCUGAAUGGGGAGAAGAUCUUGAGGUUAAUGUUGCAAAAGUAGAUGUCACAGAGCAGCCAGGGCUGAGUGGACGAUUUAUCAUAACUGCUCUUCCUACUAUUUAUCAUUGUAAAGAUGGUGAAUUUAGGCGCUAUCAGGGCCCAAGGACUAAGAAGGACUUCAUAAACUUUAUAAGUGAGAAAGAGUGGAAGAGUAUUGAACCUGUUUCAUCAUGGUUUGGUCCAGGUUCUGUUCUGAUGAGUAGUAUGUCUGCACUCUUUCAGCUAUCUAUGUGGAUCCGGACUUGCCAUAACUAUUUUAUUGAAGACCUUGGAUUACCAGUUUGGGGAUCAUAUGCAGUUUUUGCUUUAGCAACUCUGCUUUCAGGACUAUUACUAGGACUCUGUAUGAUAUUUGUGGCAGAUUGCCUUUUUCCUUCAAAAAGGCGCAGACCACAGCCAUACCCUUCCAAAAAAUUAUUACCUGAAUCUUCUCAACCUUUGCAAAAAGUGGAGGAGGAACAAGAGGCUGAUGAAGAAGAUGUUUCAGAAGAGGAAGCAGGAAGUAAAGAAGGAGCAAACAAAGACUUUGCACAGAAUGCCAUAAGACAACGUACUUUGGGUCCUUCAUUGGCCACAGAUAAAUCCUAGUUAAUUUUUCUUAAUAUCAUAAUAUUAUUUUGGCAGAAAGAGAAGAUUGAUCAUUUCUUUUGGUUUGAAGUGAACUGUGACAUGCUUGUACAUUGCAGGGUUCAGUCUAGAUUAUCAUUAGAUUGAACAGACUACCUUCAGAAAAUAAAAGUAGCACUACAUAAAAACGUUUGAAAUAGGAUUUAAGAAUGGCAAUAUGAUGGUUUAAACAAUUCUUUAAUUUUUGAAAAAUCUGGUGCCAAGCAAUAAGAUUUGAGUAUGUUUGUUUAAUAAUCGGUUUCAAGUUUUCUGAGUUGAAAAUUUACAUUUCCCGAAUAUUGCAUUAUUGAGGUAUUUAAGGAGAUUACUUUGGAGAAAAAGAUUUCUCAUUUGAUAUAAUUUUUCUCAGUUUCACUGUGUGAAAAAACGAACAUAUUUCCCAUAAAUGGGAACUUUGCCCAUUGUCUCAAGAAAUGUGUAUUUGAGUGACAACUCUGGUCAUUUUAGAGAGAUAGUUCAAGAUUUCUUCAUAUUUUUAGAUUAUGCAACUAAUAAAAACUACCUUGUUUAAUUACAGUUUUCUACAUGUGAUAAUACAGGAUAUGCUACUGAUUUAGGAAGUUUUUAUAUAAGUCCAUGGUGUUGUCUUGAUUCCUAUAAAGGUUGGUUACCUUUUUUGUUCCCCUCUGUUCAGUGUAUGAUUUGUAUUUUUCUUAACCAUGGGUUACAUUUUUCAUUUUCCAAAUUGGAUAAUUUUUGGAAUGUUUUUCAUUCUUUAAUAAAUAGUCCUUUUUUGUUGUUUCAAACCGAAGUUUACUGAGGGAUCCUUAAAAUUGAAGAGCUGUCUACUUGAUCAUUUAAAAUUUUGGCCAUUCAUUUCAGAUUUUAUAUCAUUCUGUUGAACCUCUCCUUGAACCAUGUGUUUUUGUUUUUGUUUUUUUUGGAUAUGAAGGUGAGCAUUCCUGAUUUUUAUUUGAUGUGGAAAAGCCUUGGUAUUUUACAUUUUCAAAAUUCAUAGAAACUUAAUUUGAUAUAAAAUAAAGUUAGCAUUCUACUCAGGAAAAAGUAUCUUAUAGUGUAUGUUUUCAAUGUAUAUUCAUCACGCAGAAAGUUCCUAAUUAAUUUUACACAGUCUGUAUAUGCUUGAUGUUUAAAAAUCACAGCAUUCUUACGUUUUUGAACACACAAAAUCUGUAUUCUGCUGUACUUUUUUAUUGUGUAGUAUUUCAUAGGUGGGCAUCAGCAGGAUGGGACAUUUAAAAUAUUUUUACUCCUCAGAGAGUUAGAGCACAGAGUUUUCACCUUACAGUGAAAGUAGGGAGGGUUGCUGGGUGGCAAUAAGAACUGUAUUACCUACAAGAAGGGAAAAAACCAUAACUCAGAGUGAAUCCCUUGUCCAUUUAUGUAAUAGACAAUUUCUGUAAUGUCCCCUUUUGUCUAGAUUCUGUUGCUGUGUGAAUCCAUUAGACUUAUGCAGUAUCAUAAUGUACAACAGUUUUCUUGAAAGGCCUUGCCUUUAGAAUAUUAAAUAUUCUACCAUUGAAGAGUUUUGGAUGUAUAAUAAUUCUGUGAUGCUUUAGAAAAAUAGUCUAAGCACAAAAUAAACUUUUCUAAGCACUUCACUCAA